AUGUCUUUUGAUGAACGUGAUAAAAUAAUUAUAACAAUAAUAUGUGGUAUUGUUAGUUUUAUAUUUAUUGUAAUUAUAAUUUGUUUUUUACUUCGAUUAAUUAUUCGUUAUUAUCGUUCAAAAUCUAAACAUAUGAAUUCAAAUGAAGAAAAUAAUCCAUCGCCUAUAUCAACAUAUCAUCGACAACAAUAUCAACGAUCACAGAAACAUCCAUCAACAAAAUUAAUUACGACGGCAAAUCAUAAUAUUAAAAAAAAUCGUAAACGAAGAUUAAAUACAAAUGAAUCAGUCAUAACAUUAUCAUUUGAUCCACCACAUUUAAUUAAUCAAAAUGUUAAAAAUUUAGAAAAAUUACUUAAUAAUGAAUCAACAUUAACAGCUAAUUCAUGGCAUUAUGAAGAAACAUUUCCAACAAAAAACUGUUAUUAUAAAAAUGCAUCAAAUGAACCUGUUUAUGCCUCAUCAUCAACUGUAUUAACCUCCAUAUCUAAUUCAGCACUUGCACCUCAACAAAAUAUGUCUCCAAAUAUACAUUUCGUAAAUGAACUUGAUCAUGUAUUACGUUUAAAACAAGAAGAACGUACAAAACAUCGUUUAAAACAUUCUCAAAGUUGUCGACAAACAAGUGAUUUAUUACCAUUCGAUUAUUAUCGUUCGAUAUCACCACCAUCAACAAUAACAGGAACAAGUUCAAGUAAUAAUAAUUCACUUGAACCUAUUUAUAUAUCAACAAAUAAAUAUUCUAAUACAACAUUAGCACGUAAAGCUCAAUUAGCACAAUUAAGAGAUGAUACAGCUAUUUUAUAUUAA